UUUUGAUGGGUGGUGCUAGGUGUGCUUUGAUUGGUGUGUGCUUCUUUAAUUACAGCUUGACAGCUUAGUGAAAAAGUCCCCUGGAAAAAAGUGUUCAACCAGUUCCAAAAAUAUUCUCCGAUCCCUCCUCGGAAAAAAUGGAUCUUCUCGGUUCCAUACUCGGAUCGAUGGACAAACCACCGUGCCGGGACAAGAAAGAAAAGGAACUCAUUGAAAAGCAGAAGAAAGAGCUCGAGCAGCUCCGGAACAAGGAACGGGAUGAGUUGAACCGUUUCCGCAAAUAUGCCGAGGAACGUCUGGGGCGGCUGAUUAAGGAUGCCAACCGGCCGUACAUGGAGUUCCAACCGUUGGACAAGGUUCACCGUUCGGUGGUGCAUGAUAUAGCCGAAAUCGGAGGCCUAGCUGCGAUGAGCUUCGGCGUUGAAGGAGUGGACCGGUAUAUAGUGGUUUACAAGAAGGAACAUCUGCCCUCGGAAGAUGAGUUGGCGGCGAGAAAGAACGGAGAUCCUUGGAAUAAGCAAACAGCCGAAGAGUACGCCGAGAAGCGCAAACAGCAGAAAGUCUUGGACGAGGAGCGUCAGAAGCGACCGCUGGACGAGAAGAAAGUCAGUGCCCCGGUCACUAACUAUAAGGACAAGUACGUUCAUUUGAUAGGGCAGGAUGCCGCCCUGGAGGCGGCGAAGAAGACGGAGACGAACAAAAGCUACGGUUACGUUCCCAGUGAGAAUAAACGUGACGUUCGCUCGAUCGAACAAACCAUGGCCGACAUCCAGGCAAAGAAGAAGCUCAAAAUUCAGCACCAAGUGACGGUUGAUGAGCCCUUACCCGAGGCUGGUUCGUCCGAGCAGCUAACUUGAAGGUUCACGAUCAAGCCAAAGAGGAUUUGCUUUAAACGUAUAGUUGUAGGGCCAUCGUUCGACGAAAGACGAACAAGACAAUUGAAUUUUUAGACAGUACCUUUAUCGUUUUUUUAAAGAACUCAUAGGAUUUAGUUCGAAAUAGCUCAACGUUCACUGGAGCAAGAGAUUAGGAAUCGAUUUACAGAUUGCAGAUCCGCUCAAUUUUCAUGAACAGCAAUAAUGUCCUGAAUUUAGAAUUAUGAAUUAUGUAUAGGAGUCCAUCGACUCUCGCUGUCGUUCUUCCACGAAAAACGUUCUAGGAGUUUUAAUUACUUAUUAUGUAUAGAAAUCCAUAGUUCAAACCUACUUACAUUGAUAAACCACGUGUCGAAGAAGACUACCACAUGAA